UUUUAGUAUUUUUGACUUGUAUUACACCGGGAGAAGGAAAUGCACCUGAUGAUGUAACAUUUGUCGGAGCAAUCUUAGCAUGCACACAUGGAGGCAUGGUAGAGAAGGGCCGGGAACUCCUCAAAAGUGAUGGGGAGAAGAUUCUCCAUAGCUCCAAAAUUAGAACACUAUGGCUGUAUGGUUGAUCUCUUACCGGGCUGGGAGAUUGCAUGAAGCUUAUGAUCUUAUACAAAGCAUGCCAAUGAGACCUAAUAAUGUUAUAUGGGGAACUCUGCUUGGAGAUUGCAGUUUCCAUGGCAUUGUUGAACUGGCUGAACAAGCAGUCGAAUUCCUUUCUGUGUUGGAGCCAUGGAAUCGUGGGAAUUAUGUUAUUCUCUCAAAUAUCUAUGCAAGAGAUGGUCUGUCGGAUGGUGUUGCAAGGUUCAGGAAACUGAUGAAGUCCUCCCAGAUACCAAAAGCAGCAGGGUACAACUUCAUCGAGGAAGGAGGUGAUAUUCAUAAGUUUGUAGUAAAGGAUAAAUACCAUCCAAAAUCAAAUGAGAUAUAUGCACUUCUUAAGUCACCACUAGAUUGA